GCCGUCAGAUACGGGCCGGCCCCGGCCCUGCCCCACCUGGGCACCUUGGUGCCAGCCCCUCCGGCCAGGGCCGCCCCGAUGCCCCCUAUCAAGCGGCACAAGCCCACGGUGCCGUCCCUCAGCCCCUACGCUUGCCUCCCCCCUGCCUGCACGCCUGCGCGACCCCUCAGUUCCCACCGCUCCCAGCCGGAUUCAGCGGCCGACCUGCUCUCGGCGCUGAGCCAAGAGGAGAGAGACCUCAUCGAGCCCGUUAUAGCCCUGGGCUACCCCACCCGCAAAGCCAUCCUCACCCUCCAGAAGACUGGAAGGCAGAGCUUAAGUCAGUUCCUGAGCUACCUGGGUGCCUGUGACCGGCUGCUGAAGCAGGGCUACGAGGAAGGGCAGGUGGAGGAGGCCAUGGAGAUGUUCCAGUACUCAGAGAAAAAGGCAGCUGAAUUCUUGCAUUUGUUAGCUCAGUUUAACGAUAUGGGUUUCCAGCAAAAUGAAAUCAAAGAAGUUCUUUUGCUUUGUGGGAAUCAGAGGGAGAAGGCUCUGGAAGAGCUCGUGAUGAAAGCCCAGUGA